AUGUUUAAAAAAGAGCCGCAAUAUAAAGCAUUAAGUAAUUUACGUAACUCAGAUAAGAAAAAGUUAAUAUCUCAAAUAAACAAUCCGGAAUAUAAAAUUACCACCUUUAAUAACACGUCAUCUUCUAUAAGUUAUGCUUCUUUUGACACGUUCAAUAAUAACCAAUCAGGUAUAGUAUAUACAAUUCUAGAUAAUGAAACCAACAAUAACAUUCCAAUUUGGUUUGAGUUCAAAAAAAAUAAGGAUAUCAAUUGGCUCAAUUUUCUAAAAGAAAACGUUUUAGUUCCAACAGUUUACACUUGUUGGAAUUCACCAGAUAUUAAUUUGGUACCCACUGUGAUUACCAAUGACUUUGUUUUAGACGAAAAAAUUUUAGGUAGUGGUGCCAAUCUAAUGAACAAAGGAUGCUGGGUUUAUAUAUCUCAUAGUGAUAACCAGACAGAGGAAGACAUAGAACAACAAAAGAAAAGAUAUAUUAAGGGCCAAAUUGUCGGUGUUUCUUCAUACAAGACACCCAAAUAUAUAAAAGCUGUUGGUGUUUUAUGCAUUGAUUAUAAAGACUUAAUUGACGAAAAUAAACCUGAUGUAGCAGUGAAAAUUAUACAUUGGUUGGGUGAUGGAUUAUGUAAAUCAUUCAAGUGUAAAGUAAAACCACCAAGAUAUAUUAUUGACUACCAUGAUGAUGAACCUGAAGAUGAAAAUGAGAAUGGAAAUGAGAAUGUGAACGAGAAGAAGGACAAUAAUGAAGAAGGUCAGAAAGAAUUAGAAGCCAACAAUGAAGGUGUUGGUUACAGCAUCAAACAGACUAACAAAAUUCCUAGCUUUGCUGAAGAAGUGGUAUUAAGGCCGGAGGAUAUUGAUGAAUUUCUUCAAAGAGCAAUGUACUAUACAUUGACACAAGAUAAAUUGGAGUUACCUAUAACUUCUUCUAAUUUUGUAUCCAACCACCUAAAUGUUAACUUACCAAAGAGAGUUUCACCACAAGAUAUCAAUGUGAAAAAGUCCUCGUUUAAAAAAAUCAUCAAAUUAUUGAAACAUUGGGAAAAACAAGGCUUUAUGAAAUUAAAAAGCAAAGGUGGUGAUUAUAUUAUUAUAAAUGUUGCUUCUAAAACUACCAAGCCCGAGUUACUUGCAUUUGACCCAUAUCCCAUCAGGGGAAGAAUUGUAGCCGAUAACAACGCUACGAGUGGCACUGCUAAAAGUGGCGUAAAUGAGAGUGUCAGUGCUAAAAAGGAUACUGUUAAGACUGCCUUGUUUUAUAAACCAACCUCUAAUUCCAAUAUCAAAUCUUUUUUACAGAAACAAUCCUCCAAAGAAUUAUAUACGCAAGAAGACAUUAAAACUAUGCUUGAUAGAUAUAUUACUGAGAACAAUUUAGUUUAUUCAUCUGACCGUUCUAAAGUUUUAUUAGAUGAUAAUUUGUAUGGUAUUAUAAACAGUAGUGACAGUAAUGGCAAUAAAGAAAGAACAAUCCCAAGAAGCCAACUUUUAAAUAGAGUAAUUAGUAACAACAGUAAUAAACAUUUGUUGGCGUAUUAUCAAAUUUAUAAUAUAAAAGGGGAAAAACUAUUUAACAAACCACAAAGGGGGAAUAACGUUCCAAAGGUGCAAAUCGUAACAGAGGUAAAAAUUGGAAGAAAAAUUAUUACCAAAGUAAUUAAGCAUGAAUUAUAUGGAAUCGAUUCCGUUGAAUUAGCCAAAAUUUUAAAGGUGAAAUGUAAUGGGUCUGCUACGAUCCAAGAAAAUAAGCAAUUCAAGUGCAAUGAAGUUAUAGUACAAGGUUCACAUGAAUCCAUUAUUUUGGACAUUUUAAAUAGUCAGUAUGGUUUACCACAGGCCAAAUUUAUUCAAUUGGAGAAUAAAACUGGCGGAAAAAGAAAGAAAAAAUGA